CAUUAGCCUACGGGUUAUAAAAAUGUAGGCUACUCUCCACGCGGUGCUAGUUUGACUUUGAUGGCUCCUAAAACUAGCCCAAUUUCUCCUCACUGCGCUACAGUUUAUGGGGUUUCUCCGCUUUCCAGCGAGUGAUAAAGCAGCUUUAGAGACAUCUGGUCGUGGAAACAGGUACUUCUGGUUCACUAGACUACGACUUCAGAGGACAGUUCUGAGGAAAAUGAGUGGAGUUUACCUCAGUCUCGUCGCGCUGCUGCUCGUGUUUAUCUGUCAGAUUCCCGCCAUCCGUGGGCAGGAAUGUCCAGGGACACAGGAGCUGCAGAAUUCCCUACGUCAGGCUCACAAGCUACUCUCAACACAUGAAGCCUCGUACCUGCAGAGUCUCCGCACCUUGAGGAAGAAGCUCAGUCUACUGCAGAACAGUGCCGCUCGCCUGCCCACCAAAGCCAAUAAUGUUACCUGUCCAAAACUGGAGGCUCCUCUCAAUGGCAGGAAGUUGGGGAAGAUUCUGUUGCCAGGACAUGAGGUUCACUUCCUGUGUGACUUGGGAUAUGAGCUUGUAGGGUCCGAGACUCGCCAGUGUAAGGAGUCACUCACUUGGAGUGGUCAGCAGCCAGUCUGCAAAGAAAUAAAUGAGUGUGCCUCCUCGCCAUGUGCCAAUGGGGGUACAUGCACAGAUGAAGUAAAUGGAUUCGCAUGUGAAUGUGCCAAAGGGUGGGCAGGGUCUACUUGCCAAUCCCCCACACCUACAUUUUUUGUCACCAUAACCAACAUGUCUGCUGCCACUGCUGGAGCUGCAGCUGCCACCUCCUUUCCCUUAGCAACCCCAUCUCUGCUUGUGCGACCGUCCAAGUGCAGCCAGGUACAGGGCACCACCUACUGCACCUGUGAAGCAGGAUACACCAUUUCAGGCCGGGACACCAGCAUCUGCACGGAUAUUGAUGAGUGUGAACUGUUCCAUAAUGGGCAGGCAGGUCGUUUAUGUUUACAUGCUUGUGUUAACACCCCUGGUGGCUACCGCUGUACAUGCCCUGUGGGAUACAACGUGACACAAGAUGGCCGCAGCUGCAGAGAUAUUGACGAGUGCGCCACGAGGCAGAACAACUGCACCCGUGAUCAGCUAUGUGUUAACACUUAUGGAGGUUUUCAGUGCGUUAAGGUGGAGUGCCCACGCAUCCGAAAUGCAACCUAUGUCAAAACCUCCCCCACGCGCUGUGAGAGGAACCCCUGUCCUGUGGACAAUAAAGCUUGUUCACAGGCUCCCAACUCCGUGUCCCAUCACUACAUGUCUGUGGUAUCUAACCUGUCUGCCCCGCGGGUCAUGUUCCGGGUCUCGGCCGUGCGGGUGCUGGGAGACACACUCCGCUUCGCUUUGCUGGGGGGCCGCGGUCGCCGCCACUUCACCGUGCAGCGCUCUGACCGGCAGACGGGUCAGCUGAUGCUGGUCAGCCCCAUCCAGGGUCCGGCCACAUUGGAGGUGGAGGUGGAGAUGAGUGAGCUGGAGAGGAGAGUGCAAAUUGGCUGCUACAUCACCAAAAUCACACUCUUCGUGUCGCAGUACGAGUUCUAGAGCCUGAAGUUUCUGGAGUUCUGAGGGGUUUAGGAGGAGUUUGGAAGGAUGUGUCUUGUAUGUGGGAUUAAAACCCUAAAGACCCGGUCAGUGGGUCCAGACUCUUCACUCUGAUAACCUUACACAUCCGUUUCAUAGUAGUUACUGGAUAAUGAGCCUUAAGACUAUGAAGGCUUUUAUACACUAAGUAACAGUACAUUGUUGCAAACUAAGAUAAUAUUUUGGAAAAUCUUCUUUGGUUAGGCUAGAUGCCAUGUAAACACGUGUUGGUUGCUGGCACAUUGACUUGAUAUAUUUUAGAAACUUCAAAAAAUUUUUUGGCCUGCAGCGUACGUGUGAACGCAAAUCUGUCAAGCGCCUCAGUGCACUCCAAGGCAAACAGGACAUUCCUGGUUGUGUAGUUGCAUUCAUCUGUUGGUGUUUUCUGACAAUGGAGAGAAAAAUUCCAGAGAGAAUUUAAGCAAUUCCCCCAGCUAUGGACAGCUCUUAGCACAGCUGGGCCUCAGACAUGAAUCCCAGCAGAGUAGCACAUGAGCUACUUGUGGGGCAUGUCAUAUGUGUAUGAGCAGUAUUUACAUUUCUAGACAUUUCUACAUUCCUGGACGUGUCAAAAAGGUUUGGCUAGGCAGUUACGAUGAAGGCUGUAGCUAUCAGGACUGUAGUUACUGCUGCCUGCAGUGCAAUCAAAAGACAAAAGGCUCUGUGCAAACAUACUUAAAGCUAGAUUACAAACUUGUUCUUUUUGGGACCAACAUAAGGAGGGUGAAAGUAGUUUCAGGGCUUAUGGUGGUAAUUUCACUUGCCAUCAGAAAUAAACUGAACAUUUGAUUGCUCAGUCUGUGGGCAGUGUGAGUCACUGUUGUACUUUAUAACCUUUUCAGUGUUAAGAUAUUUAUUUUAAAGCAUUGAUUUCUCCUGUUUCUUAAAGUAUAAUGCUUCAAAUACACAAAACUAUCACUCCAAUAAAGAUUCUAUCUACAU